CGGGUCUGUCUCCAUCGCCCAUAUCCCAGUCCCAGCCAUUGAGAACCAUGUCGGACGCUUCAAUAACCCCGUCCGGGAGGAGAAUUCCCGAUGGAGUACGCACAAAGCGGACUCGGCUAGCAUGCGACCGGUGCAGGCGACGAAAGAUCAAAUGUGAUUUGAAGCUCCCAGAAUGCUCAGCCUGUGUGCGAGCUGCAACCGCCUGCCAGCGUACUGAACGCGUACGCCAUGGCGGCAGACAUUCACAGGGUUACCUAGAAACCCUCGAGGCCGAAGUCGACCAACUUGAGAUGCUGGCUCAUGGCAUCAAUCUGCCUAAUCCAACCAGUGACGCCCUAAGUCCCUUCAUCCUGUCCACCUCUGGUGGUAGUGCAAGCACUCCCGGCACAGCGACGGGAACCUUUGACUGGAGUACAUUGGGUGAAUUGGGAGCUGACACUAGCCACCCACAACUCGCCUAUGAUAUUGUCUCCAUGAUACGCGCGGCUGCUGCUGUCGAGAACAGCCACCCGUACCAUUCCCGCCAUCCAAGCCGUCUUUUGCUUGAUACUGAGAAGGUCCCUAUCAGGAUCCCAAUUACACCCGCCACACAGCCGUACCUCAACACGUACUUUGAACAGGUUAACUAUGCGCUCCCUUUCUUAGAUGAAGGCGCCAUUCGCAAUGAAUUUCACAAGACUGUGUCUACGUCUGGGUCACGCGGCUGCCUGUCUCCUCGUCUGCUCAUGGCCCUCGCUCUUGGCGCUCGUCUUUCGUCUCUGGCGGACCAUGUAACCAAUUAUCACUCAGUUGGUUUCUAUCUAACGACGAUGGAGUCACUUUCCUUCUCGAACAACGCAUCUGAAAGCCUUGAAAUGGUCCAGCUACUCUUGCUAUUGACUCUAUACUCCAUGUUCACUACAAGCGGGGGUAGUACCUGGCAUUUCAUGGGCCUGGCUCUACAAACUUGCGUCAAGCUAGGCUUUCAUCAGGACUCCAGACGUCUAUUCCAUGACGCAGUUAGCGAACAGGAAAGCGCAGUAUUCUGGUCCGCCUAUAUACUGGACAGAUGCCUUUCAAUAGCGCUAGGCAGGCCAUUUGGAUUAUCAGACUUUGAUAUUACAGUUCCUCCGCUUCCAUCAACCACAAACUCGAGUCUACCGCUCCUCUUGCGUCUAGCAUUACUGACAUCCAAGUUGCACAUAGCAGAAGACCCCGCCACAGAGCUUGGAAAACUACAGGAGAUCCAAACUCUCAGCGCGCAGGCUGCACAAGACUCCACCUUCAUAACAGCCCAUCUAGCGAACAACCUGCUCAUCUUUUCCCUGGGUCCUCCCUACCUGAAACUGGACUUAUCCACCAUUGACAGCAUUCUGAUACAGGCCCACUCACACAUAGACUACGUCUAUCGCGCCUCGCUGUCAAGCACACCCUUACCCUGGCCACUGGGAUACUCCGCAUUCCAUGCGUUCACGUUGAGCGUUCUCGGCCACAGCUUCAAGCCUAUAUCCGUCUCCAUCCCGCUACCUUUGGCCGGCCAAUCAGCUACUGCGGGGACUAUAGGUCCAUCCGAGACGGAAAUGAGUGUAGCCUCAUUGCGUGCGCUCUCCCAACAGUUCCCUAGCAUGGCAGACCUUGCGGAUAUCGCGAGCCAUUUGGGUGGAGAAGGAACCUGGGAGGCUAACCGGGUCCUUAAGCGUCUCCAGGGCGUACCUCGCGCCGCGACACGAAAGCUUGUGCAUUCUGUUGUACUUCUGAGGAAUAUGGAAGACGGUGUUGGUGUGUUCUAAGUUGCUUCUUAACCACAGAUACAGGCUUGGACGUAUGUAGCAUUACUCGGUAGUUCUCCGGCCUGCAGGCUUUAGGCUAAGGGCACGAGUCAUUUGGCGAUUCAACGUUCUGGCCCCUUGGACCUCCAAAUUUACUCCAAUUUCGGAGCUCGGACUUAAUGACUGCAAAAAGCUAGUCUAUAGGUCGGCGGAGACAGCUCGCAUCGAGCUCCAGCUUCCCUCCGCCGCCAUGCAGUGCCACCUUUCUGCCUUUGAGACCGCAUGGAUUAGUUUGCAUUGUCACACGAUGAGGAACAGCUCAUGAUAGAAAACAGUGUACAGAAUCUCAGAAAGCAUAAUCAUCAUUUAUACAAGAUACCAUCAGAUAUGGCGUUCUAUUGGUGUAGACCAUGAGACCUAGGACGCGAUGCGAGGGUUAGAGCUUUGAAGAGUUGGAC